AGCUCCCCUGAAUCUUCAAAAAAUAAGUCGACGGAAAAAAAUUUCUUCUUGAAAUGAGCUUAGGGUUGGGGUUUUAAUUUACUACAACCAUGCCUGUUUUGCCAAUCACUUCAUAAUCGAAUUUAGAAAGGUAAAGAAAACCCCACAAAAAUGUCGACAACAACAUCAUCAUCGUCAGCUUUCAUGCUGAUCUGUCUUCUCCACUUCGCGAUCGCCUUGUCGAGCGGCGCACUCAUGAUGUUCAAGAUGAAGGAAAUCUACACCUUCACCCACGGGAUCGAGACCGCCACGAAGCUCCUGGGCUCUACCCCGCAUGAUCAGCUCUUGAUCCGGACAUCCGAUUCUUUCUCGGGUUUGCUCCUAUUCGCGAUCGGGUUCUUGCUCUUCAUGGUCUCUUUUGUCAAAGACAGAAGCUUUCAAUCCUUCUUUUCCAAAGGCUGCACUGUCUUGCAUGUUAUGGUGGCGAUAUGGAGGUUCUGGUUCGAGAGAAAGGUGGAGGAUUUAGCUUGGGAUUGGCUUAGGCAAACAGUUGGCGACAUUUUUUUGGCUCUCUCUUGGGUCUUCUUUUUGGUUUACUCUUGGAGAGAAAAGUAUGAUUAGAUUUGCGUCUCAAUUUUUUUCUGCAAAAAAUUUACAUUGUUUGUUGUUGAUGCUUCUGUGUGUUUUUUUUUUAAUAUUUUGAUAUCUUGUAAUUCGGAAGUACAUAUUUUUUGAAGUUGGGUCUUUGAACUGAUUGAAAAGAGAGUAAGAAGGUAGCAA